AUGGCGGAAUCCACUGCCAGAGAAAGCCUUCCGUUGGGUCCUCCCACCGGCCCUCCCAUUGGACCUGCUACGCAGCCUCUGGUUGUUUUCGUUGCUCGUGGUGCCCCCAAUCCCACACACGUUGACCUCGGCCAGCUGAAGUACUAUCUUCGUCCCGCUUUGAUGGAGCUUCAGGAAACAUUUGAGCGCACUUACGGAAAUCUCGAAGGUCGUUCCCACUGCUACUGCCCAUUGAUUCAUAAAUCGAUCACCCCCCUUGAGCCAGAUUGCGACUCGUUCCAGUGUCUGACUGAUAUGCUCAUGUAUGGCCGUACCCACGGCCGCGACAUCAUGUUUGUCUUGAACCACUGGGACUCCAUUACCUCCGACGGACCGACCUUUGCCAAUAUCUUCAAGGAUUUCACCGACGUCAAAGUGACUAUUCGCGUCUACGGCACGAUUUCAGUUGAUCACGUUUCCGAAUUCCAUGAUAUCGACGCCCACAGAGUCAGCGCUCACUACCAGGGCUUGAUCAGACUGGAAGAAGAGUAUGUUAUUGAUGAUGCACUGCGUUAUGUGGUCAGAGUCGAAGAAGUCCGCGGUGUCAGGAUCGGAGUGGAGGAGUCGAUUGGCCUGAUGAUGGAAUUGACAGGCCAGCCUGAGAACGAGCUGCGAGAGCGAGUGCUGUGGAUGCUUUGA